CAAGAAUUACGCAGUUGUGUUUUGCACAUCAUGUCUCUCAGCUUGCUCUUUCAUUUCCCCUUUUUCAACGUUAUCACAUUAUGUUCACUCUUCUUAUUUGCUUUUCCUCUUCACAAAGCUCUUUAAACAGCUGCAAAGGGGGAGGGACCACUAUGCUCACGAAAAUUCCCCUUUGCAGAACGCUUCUGUCAGGUCCUACUGUGUGUCUCUUUCCAGGCAUUUCAUACCUCCAAGAUUCAGGUUUGCUUUUCCAUCUCCUCCCUGAGCCUCCCUGCCAGCAGAGCCCACUGCCAGCUGUUCAAGCUGAAGGACAGUAAGGCACAUCCUACUGCCAUGAGGAAAAUGUACAGCCUGGUUCUCUUUGUGGUGGGCUCCUUUUGUCUGAACGGAAGCAUGGCAGCAGAUGCUGAAGAAAAGCUCAUGAACCACCUACUGAGUCCUGACAGAUACAAUAAGUUAAUUCGACCAGCAGUCAACUCCUCCCAGCUGGUAUCCAUAGAGCUGCAGGUAUCCCUGGCACAGCUCAUCAGUGUGAACGAACGGGAGCAGAUCAUGACCACGAACGUCUGGCUGAACCAGGAGUGGAUUGAUUACCGGCUGGCUUGGAAGCCCUCUGACUAUGAAGGAAUAAAUAAGCUGAGAAUACCUGCAAAACACAUCUGGUUGCCAGACAUUGUGCUUUACAAUAAUGCGGACGGCACGUACGAAGUCUCGCUGUACACUAACGCCAUUGUGAAGAACAAUGGCAGCAUUCUCUGGCUGCCCCCUGCUAUUUACAAGAGUGCCUGCAAGAUUGAGGUGAGGCAUUUCCCUUUUGACCAACAGAACUGCACGCUGAAGUUCCGCUCCUGGACGUACGACCACACAGAAAUUGAUAUGGUGCUCAAGACUUCCAUGGCAAGCAUGGACGACUUCACACCAAGCGGAGAGUGGGACAUCGUAGCACUUCCAGGAAGGAGGACUGUGAAUCCUCUGGACCCCAGUUAUGUUGAUGUGACAUAUGACUUCAUUAUUAAAAGGAAACCACUUUUUUAUACCAUCAAUCUUAUCAUUCCCUGUGUGCUAAUUACAUCCUUAGCCAUCUUAGUAUUCUACUUGCCUUCAGACUGUGGUGAAAAAAUGACCUUGUGCAUAUCUGUGCUGCUUGCCUUGACUGUGUUCUUGUUGCUGAUCUCCAAAAUCGUCCCUCCAACAUCUCUAGAUGUGCCACUGAUUGGGAAGUAUCUCAUGUUUACAAUGGUGCUGGUGACCUUCUCAAUAGUUACCAGUGUGUGUGUGCUCAAUGUGCACCACAGAUCUCCAAGCACUCACACCAUGCCCCCCUGGGUAAAGCUGGUUUUCCUUGAAAGGCUCCCGGCCUAUCUGUUCAUGAAGCGCCCAGAAAAUCAUUCUCCGCGGCAAAAGCCAUGCAACCGAAAAAAGACAAAAGCAGAGAAUCCUUGUACGGAGCCAUCUGACUUCUACAAGAACUCUACCUAUUUUUUGAAUACAGCUUCUGCCAAAAGAUAUGAGAUGAAAGUCUCUGAGACACUUGACAAUGUCAGCAGUCACCGAGAUUUUAGGUUAAGAACAGGCGCGAAGUUUUCUCCUGAAGUGCAAGAAGCGAUUGAUGGAGUCAGUUUUAUAGCAGAGCACAUGAAAAGCGAUGACAACGACCAGAGUGUCAUUGAAGAUUGGAAGUAUGUUGCCAUGGUAGUGGACAGGCUGUUUCUCUGGAUAUUUGUCCUUGUUUGUGUCCUGGGGACUGUUGGAUUAUUUCUGCAACCACUUUUUCAAAACCACACUGCUGCCAUAAACCCUUAGCUAUUAUUGAAAAUUGUCAGUACUUACACAGACAUUUGGUCUUGUUCUGCUCUCAAUUUCCCCUUUGUUAACUCCACAGAGAUGCCAAGUGAGUUGCCCUUACAUCCCUUGGAGCAGGGAAAAGGAAAGUAGGACUUGACUUACUAGGAUAAGAAAAAAACCAAAACAAAUAGAAAACUUUUUUUCUUUUUGCCACUUCUGGUGAUAUCUUGCCCUUUUUUCAAUUAUUUGAAGUCUGAACAUUACAGUGAAAGAUUUUUACUGUACAAAAUGUCAUCCUGGCAUCAUCAUCAUCAUCAUCAUCAUCAUCUUAUUAUUAUUUUUAUUAUUAUUAUGUAUUUUAAAUAUAUUGCCUUAGGAAGGAUAUUUUCUUUCUUUAGAAUACUGCAAUUUCCCUAUUGCAAAAAGGUAUUGCUGUGAAAUUUAUUUCCUUCAAAUGCAUCAAAACUAUUUGUGUCUGAUUUAUAAAGAGCACUGCAAGUGGGUUUGAUGCUUAAAUCUGAGUGAGAAACAGCAACACUUCUGAGGUAACCACUGAAAGGUUUCUCACCUUGCCAUCUCUGGUAGCCGAUGGAUCAACAAAGGCCAAAUUAAUGUAUGAUAAACAAACAUGUAUAUAAUACUCUGAUGAUGAAAUAGAAAUAAAACGUAACAUUUUCCUUUAUA